CUGCAGCUGUGCCUGGGUUCCUGUCCGAGAGGACAUUUUGUGGAUCCAAGCAGCUCCGGACUGCAGCCGGCUCUUUCCAAGAGCGGGGAAUUCCUUUGGAGACAGCCCAACCUUGCUCUAAGAAGUUCCCCAUGGCUCUGCAAGGAGACGACUGCUACUACUAUUUCAACUCCAUCUGUCUUAAGGGAGACAGCUGUCCCUUCCGCCACUGUGAAGCGGCUCUGGGGAGCGAAAGAGUCUGCCGACUGUGGAUACAGGGCUGCUGUUUCCGGAAUGACUGCAAGUUCAGACACAUGAAAAUUGAAAAGAAGCGCAGUGAGGUUCGCUGCUAUUGGGAGAAUCAGCCCGGAGGCUGUCAGAAACCCCACUGCCGUUUUCUUCAUUUGAAGGAACGCGGUGGGAACGGACUGACCGUACCACCAAGCAACGAAGCUGACACAAGUGGCCUUCCUCUGAUCAGCGGCCUUGCAGAAAGUCUGGAGAACCAGAUAGAGGUUGAGAAGGCACCAGAGAGAGGUGACAUCCCAACUUCCUCCCAUGGCCCAACUGCGCAAAAACGCAAGCAAUCUGAGGAGGAGGAGGACAAAGCAGAGGAGCUGCCGUGCAAGAAAAGAGUCAAGGCUGGACGCAAGGUGCGCGGGAGGCCUAUUGACUGGAAAACCACCUUCCCCACAAUGCGGAGACUGAAACGGAAAGCAGCAGAGAUGCAACCGUCUGCUGCUGAGGACACUGAUGAGCCCCCAGCCAGAAAACUACCUAUGGCGAUCCUUGCUUCAGUCCCGCCCGAGUACACCCUGGUCAGCGUUGAAGUCCUAAAACUUCCAAGCAGUCUGGAACUGCUUUCGGGAGGCCAGGCAGACUCUGUGGCACAGUCAGAGAUCCCACACUCAACAUCCCGUGCCACGCAAGAAGCAGACCAGGCGCAACAGCUGAGCUGCACAGAGGUGGGGAAAGAACUCUUCUCUGAGGAUGAGGAGCUCGAGAAGUUCCUGAUGGAAGUCACAGAAGAAGAACUGGAAGCAGAAAUUGAUGACACUGUGGAUAUAGAUGAGCUCCUAAUGGAGCUCUCAGACCAACAACAUUUCAACAUCAUAGUCUGAUUGAAUAUUUUAAAAAAACAACAACAACCAUCAAUUAAAACCAACCCUAUUCGUUUUCAA